AUGUCCCGUCCUGACAAGGAAACAUUAGCUUCAGCUUCAAUCCCAUUACAUCCCCGUCCUGACGCAGCUCUUGACGAGGAAAUAGUAACUUCCCAUUACAUCCUUAUCCUAACGCAACUCCUGACGAAGAAACAAGACAUCAACAACAACCAUGUCGGUGUCAACAUCAACAGCUUAGCCUCUAACGGCUCCGCCACAGCAGCUUAUUUCACCGACGAUUCGACCAAACAAGAUCUUAACAUAAAGAGUGGGAAAGCUAUUCAGGAAUUUAUGUUCGUCGGGUUCUCUGCUUCAACGGGUUUGCUUGCCAGCUCACACCACCUCUUGGGAUGGAGCUUCAAGAUUAACAGGCAAGCUCUUGCCCUUGAUCUCUCUUCUCUACCUUCUCUACCAGGACCCAAGAAGAACCACAUAGCUCUAAUAGUAGGAGUUUCUGUUGCAAUGGUAAUUCUUGCUGUAACAUCCUUAGCCCGUUAG